AUGUAUUUGCGCUGGAAACUUGGUUUAACUUUCCUGUGUUCUGUGAUAAGCUCGCUAGUAUUUGUUGCUAAUGGAGAAUACUUAAUUGGUUUGGGAAGCUAUGACAUGACUGGUCCAGCUGCUGAUGUGAAUAUGAUGGGGUAUGCUAAUUUCCAGCAGGUGACAGCAGGUAUACAUUUUAGACUGAGAGCUAGGACGUUCAUUGUGGCUGAAAGUGAAGAAGGUGGUACAAGAUUUGCUUUUGUUAAUCUGGAUGCUGGAAUGGCUUCUCAACUUGUCACCAUUAAACUUCUUGAGAGACUAAAAUUAAGGUAUGGGGAUUUGUACAAGGAAGAUAAUGUUGCUAUUAGUGGUACCCAUACCCAUGCUGGUCCAGGGGGUUAUUUGCAGUAUGUGACUUAUUCAGUAACUUCUCUAGGCUUCGUUCCACAAUCAUUUGAGGCCCUUGUGACUGCAAUUGAGCUUAGCAUAGUACAGGCUCAUGAUAAUCUUAAGCCUGGUUCCAUUUUCAUUAAUACAGGAGAUGUGGAGAAUGCUGGAAUAAACAGGAGUCCGAGUGCGUACCUUUUUAACCCCCCAGAGGAAAGGGCUCGAUAUCCACGGAAUGUGGACACUCUAAUGACCCUUUUGAAAUUUGUGGACAAAAACAGUGGAAACAGCGUGGGUGCAUUCAACUGGUACGCUACCCAUGGAACCUCCAUGAGCCGAGACAACAAGCUCAUAAGUGGUGACAACAAGGGGGCUGCUGCCAGAUUUUUUGAAGACUGGUUUGGUGGUCCUAAUACAAAUGCAUCCACAACUAUCGACAGAGGACCUAAUUCUUUGUCAAAAAUGUUAAAGAAAGCAUCAAUAAUCAAGGCCACAGGAGGACAAGAAUGCACCAAAAAUGCUAGCCAAAGCUCUAAAGUGAGAAAAUAUAAUGGAUCAAGAUUCAUAGGAGCAUUUUGUCAAUCAAAUGUUGGAGAUGUAAGCCCCAAUGUGUUAGGAGCAUUCUGUUUAGACAGUGGAAAGCCAUGCGAUUUCAAUCACUCCUCUUGCCAUGGCAAUGACCAGCUCUGUGUCGGCCGUGGUCCAGGAUAUCCAGAUGAAAUCUUGAGCACAAAGAUCAUUGGGGAGAGACAAUUUCAAAAGGCAGUGGAUUUGUUUACAUCUGCUAAAGAGGAAAUAACUGGAAAAAUUGAUUAUCGUUUAGUAUACUUGAAUUUCACAAAUAUUGAAGUUGUUUUAGAGGGAAACCAGGUCGUGAAAACGUGCCCAGCAGCUCUUGGCCCGGGUUUUGCUGCUGGAACCACCGAUGGACCUGGUGUUUUUGGUUUUCAACAAGGAGAUCCUGAGAUUAAUGAGUUCUGGAAAACAGUGAGGGAUGCAAUAAAAGAACCAAGCCAGUACCAAGUGGAUUGCCAAAAACCCAAGACUGUUUUGCUUGACACAGGAGAGAUGGAUUGGCCUUAUCCGUGGGCGCCAUCAAUUCUUCCAAUUCAAAUUCUCAGGUUGGGGAAACUAGUCAUACUAUCUGUACCAGGAGAGUUCACAACGAUGUCUGGCAGGAGACUAAGGGAGGCUGUUAAAGAAACACUGAUAAGUAAUGGAAACGGGGAAUUUGAUAAUGACACGCAUAUUGUCAUAGCAGGUCUAUCGAACACUUACUCGCAGUAUAUUGCCACUUUUGAAGAAUACAUACAGCAACGAUACGAGGCUGCGUCUACACUUUAUGGUCCUCAUACGUUAUCUGCGUAUAUCCAAGAAUUCAAGAAGCUAGCACAAGCAAUUGCAAGUGGAAACAGAACAGUUGCAAAAGGUCCAUCACCACCUGAUCUUUCCUCUGUUCAACUUACCUUUUUACAAGAUCCUUCGGGGGAUUCUCCUCCACCACGGGUAAAAUUUGGCGAUAUAAAACAAGACGUAAAAACUGGUUCAUUCAAAAAAGGAGACAGGAUAACUGCCACAUUUUGGAGUGCAAACCCGAGGUAUGAUCUACUGACAGAAGGCACAUUUGCUGUGGUAGAGAUGCUACAGGGGGGGAAGUGGGUGCCUGCAUAUGAUGACGACGAUUUCUGCCUCUACUUCAAGUGGGACCCCAAGUUUGAUUUUUCUGGUAAUUAUGGAUUUGCAACUAUGGAAUGGGAAGUGCCAGAGGAGGCCAGUCCUGGGGUUUAUCGCUUUAGACACUAUGGAUCAUUUAAGAAAACUAAAGAUUCCCCCAUUAAUUAUUUCACCGGGGCAUCUAGUGGAUUCACUGUAUCUUAA